AUGUCUAAGCCCGUUUCGCUGCCCGUGGCUCAGCACCAGCAGCUGAGUUACCACUCAUCCAGGGAACGCGAAUUGUUCAAGUAUCUGCCUUCCUACCUAUUAGAACGGCGCAACCUGCCCUAUGUCGAUCGAAAUACUCAAUCCCCGGAGUCCGUGGCGCAACCAGGGCCGGAUUCUGUCUUGACUGCAUUGGCUCAACUGGGCACUCUACACCUUGAUUCCUCGCGCGCCUUCAUUUCGCUGUUUGGCCGGCACGAUCAGUACAUCCUCACCGAAGCCACUCGGACUCUGAGCUUGCAAGAUGUGACUGACUCAACGGCGCAUCGUGAACUCUGGCUCGGUCAUUGCACCAUUUCCUAUGAGCGAAGUUUGUGCAGCCAGUUUUUGGACCCGACCAACGAUAAGUUGGUGGUUGUACCUGACACAGCUCAGGAUGAACAUUACAGGGAUCAUCAGGAUGUGGUAAAUACCGCAUACGUUCGCUUUUUGGCGAACAGCCCCAUCAUCAGCCCCAAGGGAGUGAUUAUCGGCGCAUAUACCGUCGUAAACGAUAAGCCCCACGAGCCGCUAGAUAGCCACCUGGAAAAAUCCUUGGUGGACAUUUCCAAGACGAUCAUGGAUUACUUAGUCGCGACGAGGGCUAGAGAACAACAUGCUCGUAGCGAGCGCAUGAUGAUCGGGCUUCGGAGCUUUCUUGACGGGAAAGGGAGUCUCCGUGCCUCAUGGGUUACCGACAACGAGGACACCUUCUCUCCAAUUGAAGGAUUUGGCGAAGGCCAUGUCAAUAUGGAGCAGCAGAAAAAACAAAUAUCAGAUAACGUGAAUGAAGCAAUGGAUAACAAACCCCCCUUUGCGCGAACUCCCUUUUCGACCGAGCAACUUCCGUUCACAACGAGCCCACAUGCUAGAUGCACAAUCUCUGCAGCAAAGGAAUUUGGCUCCGCACCCUCAGAAAUCAAUGCAAAAUCAGUGGAAAUAUCGCCUAAACUGGCCUAUAAAGCCCAGAUAAAACAUGCUUUCUCGAGGGCGUCCAAUAUCGUCCGCGAAAGCAUUGAGGUAGAAGCCGCGGUCUUCUUUGAUGCCAACUUCGGGACUCAAGAAGUGCUUGUCAAUGUUUUACAGUCCGACUCCGAGAGCAGCGGCCUCGAGACUUUUUCAUCAACGGAUGAUGAGUCUCAAACCAAGAGAAAACCUCUGAAAAGAGAUCUCCAAAAGAUCGUGCAGAACGAAAAUGCUGGAAAAGGCACGAAAAACCCAUGCAAGGUACUUGGAUUCUCCUUAUCAAACGCAUCCAGCCUAGAUCAACAGUCUAUUGAGGACGAAAACAUUGCUUUGUCGGAAGGGUUCCUCGGGCAGCUACUGCGCCGAUAUCCACGGGGGAAGAUCUUCAAUUACGGCGAGGACGGAUCUAUAUCAUCUGAAGAAACCGGUGACUCCUUUUUCAAACCAUCUUUUGAGCGUAAUGCAGGCAAGAAAUAUAAGAAGACACGCAAAACGACUCUGCGCCAGGAUGCUACCUUACUCUUACAGCUUGCUCCCAACGCUCGCAGCAUCAUUUUCUCCCCUUUAUGGGACUCGCACAAAGAGCGAUGGCACUCGGCCUGUAUCUCGUGGACAAAUAUCCCGCACCGUAUUCUGACCCCCGAUGACGACCUCACAUUCCUUUUUGCGUUUGGGCACAGCCUCAUGGCUGAGAUCCACCGGCAUGAGGAUCAAAUGGCAGAACGAGCGAAAAGAAAUCUAUUAUCGGGAAUUAGCCAUGAGCUUCGCUCUCCUCUCCAUGGCAUUUUUGGCACAAUGGAUAUUUUGAACGAGACGGCUAUGAAUGCCCUACAGCGGGGGUUCAUGCACACGAUCUCAUCUUGCGCUUUCACCCUCCUUAACUCACUUGAUCAGCUUCUUAUGUACGCCAGUAUCAAUGACGUGCCCCAGAACGACCAAAAGGCUCCACCUCUCCGUCAUAAUCAGUUCGGACCUGACGUGACAUUUCCACUGGCGGGGACCGAUGGCGACGACGCCGUGCAAUUUGAUACUGCAGUGGAGAAUACUAUCGAGUCAGUUUGUGCUGGCUAUUUCUUCUUUGAUAAAGAUGCCGAGAACUCUAUUCAUUUCAUGGCUGAUACGGCCCACACAACAUCGGAACCUCUGGGAAAUCGUGUGAUCGUCAUUUUCGAUGUCAACUACAACCGGAGCUUCAGUUUCCUCACUCGACCCGGGGCGUGGACUGUAAUCUUGACGAAUGUUCUUGGAAAUGCCUUAAAAUUCACGAGAGACGGACAUGUCUAUGUUUCCCUGAAGUCAAAUCCAGUUCAGUCCGAUUCGGCUGGUCCAAUCCUUCAGUCGGAUAUCACAGUCACGGUUCGAGAUACUGGAUGCGGUAUGAGCCAGGAGUUCCUCGAUCAUAAAUUGAGCAAAGCCUUCUCCCAAGAAGAUAGCUUGGCCACUGGCAAUGGCCUAGGCCUCAAUAUUACAGGCAAGAUGGUGGAUUCGCUCGGGGGUAAUAUCCGUAUCAAUUCCGAAAAAGGUGUCGGUACUGAAGUUGUGAUCACAGUAACUCUUGAUCAUGACAUGGCCACCACAGACCCUCACGAUAUCCAAUCAAGGGAACUUCUGCCCUCCCCUUCCGACUUCUUUGCUCGUGGGAAAACCAUAGGAAUUUUCGGGCCGGACUCUUCCACCGCAGAUAAUUAUUUGUUUUCAUCCUUGAAAAACCUCUGUCAAAAUUGGUUCCACAUGGAUACCCGCGUGGCUGCGCCGUCACGAGAAGAGCUCGGCAAAUGUGACUAUUUCAUCUUGACGCAGGGGUUGAGUGAUAUGAGCUUCCUAGAUUCACUCUUCCCUGAUACAGGUCGAAUACUCCCACCUCCGAUCAUAGUGAUAUGUUCGUCGCCAAGGGCUGCGCAUUCGAUGUCCUCAGCCGUUCGACGUCGCCAGAAGCGCGCCGACGUCUUCGAGUUCAUCAGUCAACCAUGCGGACCCCGGAAGCUCGCUAAAACAUUGGAGAUCUGUAGUCGGCGGCAAGAAAGGCGAUUUGAUUUAAUGCAUGAGAACGGGGCUGCUUCGAAGGUUCAGGUAAGGGGUCCUAUAUCAUCAACGCCCCGAGAGCUUGACAGGCCAUUACCUCUCCCGCUGGAUAUCCAGGAACCCCUUCGACAAGUAGUACAGGUCCAGGCCACGGAUCAACCGUCAGAGCCACUCGAGACACUGCUGGAAGUGAAUACCCCAGCUUCCGAAGAUGAAAGCCAGCCUCUUGAGCCAGAGAAAUCUCAGACCGUGAAAACCCCCUCUACUGUGCUUAUCGUGGAUGACAACGACAUUAAUGUCAGGUUACUGGUGGCUUUCAUGAAAAGGCUAGGCAUUCAAAAUCUUGUUGCGCGGAAUGGGCAAGAAGCUCUACAUUGUUUCAAAAAGAAGGCAUCUGAAAUUAUGAUUAUUCUAAUGGACAUUUCGAUGCCUAUCAUGGAUGGUCUCGAGGCCACCCGGCGGAUCCGAGAGGUUGAGAGGAUGAUGGAAGGCAAAGAACGGACUUUCAUCUGUGCGCUUACUGGCGUUGCUCAAACCGAUACAGAACGCGAAGCAUUCGGAUCUGGGAUGGACAUGUUCCUCACGAAGCCAGUUCGGCUGAAUACAUUACGCCCGUUGAUUGACGAGAGAAUUCAUCGAUCACGCUACGACUAG